AUUUUAAUUAUUUUAUUACCUCAAAAAUUGACUUAUUUGUAUGGUGAAAUGUCUAGUGAAAAAGACAAGGGGAAAAAAUGUUAAUGAAUAGAUAAAAACAAGAAUACUGUUGUGACUGCAGACAAAAACAAAAGCAUUAACUAAGUACUCUUGCAGCUUAGCUUGCAUGGUUGAUUGGAGUCUGCAGCAGGUGUUUGUAAUCAUUAAGAGCACAGGGAUCAACAGGCACACAUAUCUAUGAAUGUUUGGCUAGUGAGUCUGGCUGCUUGUAGGGGUGGGUGUGUUGUGAAGUAGUGUCACUAUGCUAAGGGGAAUGAGAGAGUUUCUGAUGCUCGUUGUUUUUUUAGCAUUCUGUUUUAAUGUCUGUGCGUUAAAUCUAUCCCCGUAUGUGUAUGCACUUUUCUCUGACGAUGACUCUGUAAGCAGAAAUCAUAGUGAUGACUGGAAGAAUUUCAUGAUGAUGCAGAGUGACCAGCAAGGUUUUGCACGUGAGAGUGACCGGCAGGGUUUUGCACGUGAGAGUGACCGGCAGGGUUUUGCGCGUGAGAGUGGGAAGCAGGAUUUUGCGCGUGAGAGUGGGAAGCAGGAUUUUGCGCGUGAGAGUGGGAAGCAGGAUUUUGCGCGUGAGAGUGGGAGGCAGGAUUUUGCGCGUGAGAGUGGGAGGCAGGAUUUUGCGCGUGAGAAAGGGAGGCAGGAUUUUGCGCGUGAGAAAGGGAGGCAGGAUUUUGCGCGUGAGAAAGGGAGGCAGGAUUUUGCACGUGAGAGAACAUCAGUCAGAUGGUCACCCCUGAAUCUUCCUGUCUCCAUGCCAGCUGUGGGUUCAAUGGUGUUGCCGAUAGAUGUUUUCAAGCCGGCACUAGGUAGCAGGCUGUUGCCAGACAUGGUGAAGAAUAUCUUGCGUCCCCCACCGCUGCCAACUCCAACCACUCAAAAAAUGGUGGAAGUCCAGUGUCGAGCUGGAAGGAUAGUUGUCCGGGUCCUAAGAGAGCUGUUUGGUUUGCCCAACGCACAGCAGGACCUUUCUCUUGGGACAUGCCAGGUCAACAAGGUCACUCCUCUGCACUUCUACUUUGAUUAUAGUCUUGGGAGUUGCAAAACAAUGAGGAAGUCCUUUAACGACCGCAUGGAAUACUCAAAUACCCUCUCUUAUGCUCCUGCGUUCUCUGGACCAGUUGUGAGGGCUUUGCCGUUCAGAAUUCCCCUUCAGUGUAUAUACUACAGGUUUUUCAACUCUUACAAGGCUGGUUACCGUACCUGUCCUAAAGGAACCACUGAGUUCAAGUCCCUUAAUAUGCCAUCUGGCAUCACGCUCACUUCCUUAAAUGAUGACUGGAUGAAGAAUGACGUCUACCUGCUUGGCCAACCGAUGAACUUUGAGGUUAAAGUUCCCCAGAAGACCAGGAAUGAGCGAGUCUACGUCAACAAGUGUUAUGUCACCAAGUCCGCCAACCCUACGUCAACACCACGCUUCGCAGUAAUCGACAAUUAUGGAUGCAUGCUGGAUAGCGUGAAGAACCCUCAGUCUAAAUUUGUCCCUGAUGCAAGGCAAAAUAAAAUCAGGUUCAAAAUUUGGGCAUUCGUUUUUCCAGAGACGAGAACUCAAGUGACACAGAAGCUCUUCAUGCACUGUGAAACUGCCAUUGGAGGACCAGUUGCAACUCCUAGUGCAAAGGCUUGUACCUUUGAUGGUCAAAGGUGGAAGGAGCUGUUUGGUGCAGAUGAUGCCUGUUCCUGCUGUUCCUCCAAAUGUCCAGCAGGCCUGAAAACUAGUGCUAUGAAGAUCAUUAGCAGUGAGCCUUUGUCUAUAACUAAAGAUGGACAGGGUUCACCUGCAGCUGGGAAUUUCCGUAACGUUAAAGGUCAAGCGGUUUCCCCGACUCAAAAGAUGUUUGAAGAUAUCUGGAACUUCAGUGACUGAGGCACUUGGAACAAGUCAUGAUACCAGCAUGUCUAUGGAAUAUGACUUAAAUGGAAAUUUAAUAAAUUUUAAAAUGCCUUGGGGUUC